CCUGGGCCUGGGCGGGUGGAGUAGCGGAGGGUAGUCCUCAGCAGUCGCAGGAGCCAGUCGGCUUACGGCACUGUCUCCCUUCCUUCCUCCACCCGCAGGAGCCGAGGGCGCCCAUGGCGGGCUUGGAAGUACUGUACGCAUCGGCGGCGCCGGCCAUCACCUGCGCGCAGGACGCUUUCAUCUGCUUUCUGCACUGGGAGGUGGUGACGCACGGCUACUACGCCUUGGGUGUCGGCGACCAGCCAGGUCCCAGUGAUAAGAAAUCAGAACUGCUGCCGGUCGAAUGGAAUAGCAAUAAAGACCUGUAUGUCCUCCGGUAUGAGUCUAAGGAUGGGUCCAGAAAGCUCCUUGUGAAGGCUGUCACCGUGGAGAACAGCAUGAUCAUUAAUGUGCUGGAAAGUGGGUCACAGCAGGUGUCAGAUUUGACCCUGAAUUUGGAUGAUUAUAUCGAUUCAGAACACCUGGCUGACUUCCACAGGACUUACAAGAACAGUGAGGAACUUCGGUCUCGCAUUGUGUCUGGAAUCAUCACACCUAUCCAUGAGCCCUGGGACAAGGCUAGCGUCAGCAGUCCCCACCAGGAGUUUCCGCCUGCCACUGCCAGAGAGGUGGACCCCCUCCGGAUUCAGCCACAGCACCCACACACGAGCCGGCAGCCUCCCUGGUGUGAUCCCCUGGGCCCGUUUGCUGUCGGGGGAGAGGACCUGGACCCCUUUGGGUGUCGGAGAGGUGGCAUGAUUGUGGAUCCCCUGAGGUCUGGCUUCCCAAGAGCACUCAUUGACCCAUCCUCGGGCCUCCCAAACCGUCUUCCUCCAGGAGCUGUGCCCCCAGGAGCACGCUUUGACCCCUUUGGACCCAUUGGGACCAGCCCAUCUGGCCCGAGGCCUGACAGACGUGGUCAGUGAUGAACCCCUCUGCUGGAGUGGAAAGAGCACCAUAGAGCACCAGGCUCAGAGGCAAGAGAUCAAGGCACUAGUCACUUUCCUUCCACAACUAGCAUUUCAUCCAUGGGUGGGUCCUUUUACUUCUCAGCUCCUUGGGUUCUUUCCCUGAUAUUAGGGCAUACUAUUUAUCUGUGGGCAGAGGGUAGGCUACCAGAGCCUUCCUGAGGUGUGUGCUAAUAUGCUCUAGCCUGGGACUGCCUGUCUGAGUGUGGGUUAGGGGUACACUAAACUGGGGCCUGGGUGGGGAGGCUAGCAUGAGCAGGCUUGGGCAUUUCUGGCAGACCCCAUCUCAAGCACUGAUUUGGUAAAAGACCACCUCACAGCCUUGAGAACAUUUCUGCUCUGCAGAGAGACUCAGAGAUUGGGCAGAGCUACAAAUGGAAUCACCAGUCAUAGUCUUCUUCCUCACGGGCCCGCAAAUGGGUGGAAUGUUUUUGUUUUGGAAUUGGUUCAUACCUGCUACGGAAAGGACUUGGGGCACUUUGGUCACACAAACAUCCUUUAUUAUGAAAGGAAGCAUUUAAAGAAACAUCACACUAGAAACCAUCAGACAAGCAGGGAAAGUAGAUCACUUUUAGAACCAUGAUUCGAGGAAAAGAUGAUUGGAACAACAGAUUUGCCACUUAGGUUUUCUAGUAGCAAAGGUCAAAAGGAUGGUCUUAGACAUAAUUCUGUUUUCUGAGAACAGAAACUUCCUGACUUUCAUCUGCAGAAUCAGCCACUUUUUGCAUGGGUCUCCUUGUAUCAAGGACACUAAGGAACACAGACAAUGUCUUAGUUGUGUGGGGGGAGGUGAACGGGGCCUUCAGCAGCUUCCACAUCAUGCUGCCACUUCCCUCCUUCCAGCCAUGAGCAGUCCCCAGGCAGCUAGCGGGAAUGGUUGCGGGUAUGUCUUGUAGAACUCGAAAGGUGGAAGCCUAACAAUAAAAUCAGCACUCAAUAACC